AUUCAUCCCAUUUCCACCAUUCCCAGCUCUCCAGCUUCAUCCCCAUUUUCUAGCUUCAGAUUAUUACAAUGGCAGAAGAGUUCGACGAAUCCGAGGUUGUGUUUAACUUUUGCGACGAAGUCGGCUGCGGCGGCGAUUUCCAGUUGAAUUCGAAGGAAUUCAAGAGGGAGAAGAUGAAGAGUAUUAAGAAGCAGAACUCGACGGUUCCGGUGAGUAUCCCGGAGAACGUGUCGUGGCUGCGGUACGAUUUGGAAGACUGCGACGGAGAGAUGGUGCCGCCGCACGUAAUCGUGGGGCGGCGCGUGGCCGGGAAGAUGAUGGCCUUCUCCGUUUGUACGGGAAACGGGAGGACUCUCAAGGGACGGGAUUUGAGCCAAGUCCGUAACUCCAUUCUCCGCCUCACCGGCUUUCUCGAAACGUGACGAUUGAGAAUUGAAAUUAAUUAAUUUAAAUUUCAAGUUUUUUUAAUGUUUUUUUUUUUUUUGGGAUCCAUUCUUGUCAGAAAUCGAUUAUAGUGAUUGUCGGAAUUUCCAAGAAUUGUGUCCGUUUGUUGUAAGAAAAAUGGAAGAAGGAAAAAUAUAUACAAUUGCUUCA